AUGUCAACCCAUCUAACCACCCCCUUCUCCCUCGGCUUCGGUCUAGAAGACUCCCACGUCCUCAUCACCGGCGGCUGCGGUCUAAUCGGCCGCGUCGUAGUCGACGCUUUCCUCGCAGCCGGCAGUCGAGUCUCAGUCCUAGACCUCCCCGAAGCCAUCAACAUUUUCCCAAUCUCCAAAAUCGGCAAUCUGCGCCUGUACACCUGCGACAUCUCCUCUACCUCUAGCAUAGACGCAGCUUUCACAGAAGCGGAAUCGCACUUCGGCACAGUAGAAUCCUGCCUCGCCAUCGCAUCGAUUGAUCUCUCCUCCCUACCUCAAACGGACUCGAUCUGCGAUUCUGAUCCGGACGUUUGGAGGAAGAUCUUUGAUGUGAAUGUCCAUGGAACCCUUCUGACCGCGCAGCGCUGGCUCCGUGGAGUGAAAGAGGCUGUCAAAGAUCCCGUGAAGGUAGCUACCCUCCGCAACAUUUCCCUAACCCUCAUAGGCUCCGAAGCCGGCACCUUCGGCGUCCGCGGUAUGCCCGCGUACGCCGCAGGCAAGUCGGCCGUCCAGUAUGGCCUGUUGCAAAGUCUGGCGAAAGAUGUUCCCCGGAUUUUUGGCAAGGCGAGAGUCAAUGCGGUAGUCCCGGGGACGGUGGACACGAGCCGGUUUAGAGAGGAGGUGGAGAGGUAUGGGGAGCAGUGGAGGUGGGCGGAGAGUCAGGCUACGGUGGGAAUGGGGAAGGCGGUGCCGGUGGAGGAUGUGGCGAGGAUGUUUUUGGUGUUGGCGAGUGAGAGGUUUGGUGGGAGUGUGCACGGGCAGUGCGUUAGUGUUAAUGGGGGGAAGAUGGGGAGUUUGAUGUGGAUUCCGGGGGAGGGGUUGGGGAGGGGAGUGGAUUGGAGUGUAGUGGGCAGGGUGGAAGGGCAGUAG